AUGGCUUCGAAUAUCGAAAACUUGGCCGAGAAAACGGCAAAAUUAUCGAUUGACCCAAUUUACGAAACGAAUUGGUGUGAUAUGCCGGUGGAGGUCAAAUUGGAGUGUAUUGAAAGAAUGGAUUUCAAAGAAAGAUUGUCGUUGAGAUGCACCGCAAAGGCUGAAAAAUCACUUGCCGAUUCACAAAAAAUGGAUUUUUCCGAAGCCCUAAUUUUCAGAAAUUAUAUUACAGUCGCGUCUAAUAAGACAUCGUUGACUAAAAUGUUCAAAGAUGAGAAGAUCUGGCUCAGUUUGAUGCAAUAUGUUCUGAAGAUUGGAGUAUUUGACAAGAUUUCCUUUCUUGUCGGCAAUAAAUUGAACAAUUAUAUCGAUGAUUUUCUGACAAACUGUACUGAAAUGAUUUCUGCAAAAAACAUAGAUUUUGGAGAUAUCGAUAUGAAAACUGCAAUCGUUAUCCUCGAGAAAUUGAAAGAUGGCGUUGAAUCGAUUGGUUUCAAUGCUCACAAUCGAAGUUGGUUCUCUCUGGAUGAUGUUCUUCUACAGUCAAAAGUCCAAAAUGCGAGCUACUGCCAGAUUAAAAACCUCAUGUUUCUGGGAUGCGUUCAGAAAGUUGCACAGAUGUGGAUUGACAAAGACUCGAAAAUCGGGACCACAUUCCAAGUUUCAGUUGUCAUUGUCAUCAAUGGCCCCUUUGGUUCUUUCGCCACGGAUCUUGCUGAUCGUAUUCCGGAGCAGUUUUUCGACCCGGAUUCCGACGAUUCACGCUAUGACGAUUACUACGGUUAUGACGAUUACUACGACAGAGAUUACGAUGAUAACGAAGAUAUUUUCGGACGCCAUGUUGAUGAUAUCGAUGAGGAUUGGCAUGGAAACUACUACAUGUAG